AUGGCCAUCACUGACAUCCUUUCUGCUAAAGAUAUUGAAUCUGCUCUCUCCAGCUGCCAGGCUGAUGAUUCCUUCAACUACAAGUCUUUCUUCUCCAUGGUUGGUUUAUCCAGCAAAACUCCUGAUCAGAUAAAGAAAGUUUUUGGAAUCCUUGAUCAGGACAAGAGUGGUUUCAUUGAAGAAGAGGAGCUGCAGCUGUUCCUGAAGAAUUUCUCUUCGAGUGCCAGAGUCCUCACCUCGGCAGAGACCAAGGCUUUUCUGGCUGCAGGUGACACCGAUGGGGAUGGCAAAAUUGGAGUGGAAGAAUUCCAGUCUCUGGUGAAGGCAUAAACAGCAUUAGACCAAAGACAACCUUGGACUGACUCUUCCAAUUACCUCGUCCAACAAGCACUUCGCCCUCAGCAUGUGUUUGUACAUUUUUAUAUUGUUUCAGGCAUUAACAGUUCCCCACACAUGAA